GUUUACUUUGUGCUGCUGAACACUAUGAUUUACCAGAACUAUUGCAAGCUUGUUUUCAUCACUGUAAGCAGUUUUUAAGAAUAGAAGUUGUCUGUCCAAUGUUAAUUUCACUGGAGAAUUAUUAUUGGCGAUAUACAUCGGCUUCUGAACUAGUCAACAUGAUACUUUCUUUUGUAGAAAAUAAAGCACAUGCGCUAUUCAAAUGUCCAGAGUUUUUAAAUCUCUCCGAAUCAAUGGUUCAAAUGAUAAUGUGCAGGGAAUUACAAGCACCUGAAAUUAGAAAAUUUGAAGCAAUGUUAGCAUGGGCACGUAAUAAAGUAAUUAAAUUAAAAAAUCAUCCAAACAAGGAUACACAAUUCGAAUUUGAAUGCAUCAUGGAACGUUUAACACGAGACCUUAACUUGUGUCGCAUAUCGCCGAGUGAACUGCUGACUGUAGUACUUCCUUCAAAAUCUCUUAAAAAUGAGCGCAUCAUGGAAACUUUAAUGAUGCAAGUAAAUCUUGGAACCUACCGCAUGCAGGAAUUGGAUGAAUAUAGACAACAACUGCGUAAUCAGGAAUCUACUGAAGCGACAAUACAAGUACAUAGAGACGGAUAAAAACAUAAACAUGAUAGUUUAAAUUUAAGUCAAAGAGACGAAUGUUUCGAAGUAAUGGAAAUUCAAACUCAAAACAUAAUUUUGAUAAAGUUAUUAAUAAAUUAGAUAUGUAUACUCUCUGCACUUUCACCGAUUACUAGACAAGUUGCGACUCCCUUACAGACAUUCUAAAAGACGCCGUGUAACCGUUGAACUGGUAAGGAUUCAUCUGAAAGAGAUUUACAAUGGCGGUUAUUAAGCAUUAAAAUUAACAAAGAAAUUCAAAUUUUGUAUUUUUAUUACCCCAAUAUUUCUAAAUUUCUAUUUACAUAAAGUUCUUUAUAUAUGGACUAGAAUAGUAUUACCAAAA